AUGGCGCACAGGACGGUGCUGAUGUACAUGGAGAUUGGCUGCUUCGUGUCCUGUCUGUGUGGCUGGAUCCUGGUGUGCUCGACUCUCCCAACAGAGUACUGGACUUUCUCUGAGGUGGGCAGCAUCGUGCUGACCACCUCCAACUACUACUCCAACCUGUGGAAGGACUGCAUCUCAGACACCACAGGCGUGUCCGACUGCAAGGAUUACCCCUCCAUGCUGGGCCUGCCUGUGUUCCUACACGCCUGCAGAGCGCUGGCGGUUUGUGCCGUCAUCACUGGCUUCUUUGGAGGCGUCCUCACACUCAUUGGGAUGAAAUGCACUAAAAUAGGCGGGUCGGAGAUCGCCAAUGCGAGGGUGACCUUUGCAGGCGGUAUAACCUACCUGGUUUCAGGAUUCUGUGGUAUGAUCACCUACUCAUGGUGGGCCAACAGAAUAGUAACAGAGUUCUUGGAUCCGCAUUUCAGGGAACAGAAAUUUGAAAUUGGAGCUGCAGUUUUCAUUGGCUGGGGAGGCUCCAUCCUUCUCAUCUCUGGAGGGACAGUGCUGAGUUACUUCUCUGGAAAAGAGGGUCUACCAUCGAGUUCCCCGAAAAGGCCUCGGAGACCAGUCUCUUAUGCCACCGCCCGGACCAGACGGACCUAUAUGCUUCCGGCCUCGACAUCCAGAGUGACGCUGGCGCCACCGCUGUUUUAUGAGGGCAGGACUAACCGAGUACCCAGAGCCACAUCGAAGGCUGGCCGGACCUUCAGCAGGGACAGCUUCGUCUGA